AGCAAGUCCCAAUUCGAUAAAAGCUGAACGCUCAGCACUUUACAAUGAAAGAGAAGUCAAAAGGAUUUUAGAGCAUGCACGCAAUUAUGAGGGAGUUGCUUUUCCUCUCUCGUUUGCGUGUAGUCUAUGCGACGUAUUCGACUACAAGAUCUCCUUUGCGCGAGGUUAAGCUCGACGAACAUUCUCGGCUAUACAGCAUCUGUACUGGCCUUGCAAGCUCCUUACCUCUUUCCAUUCGAAUCGUACUCGCACUCGUUGCAUCCUGUGUCUUGGUCUUAGCAUGUACGCGGGCGUACACUGCGAUUCGCUACCGCAGAGCUGUGGCACGCUUCACCGCGCCCGGUUCUCCGUCUUCGAAACCUGCACCUCCAUCGCUUCCUCCGCAGAUCCCCUACACGAUUCCCUUUCUUGGUAAUGCGCGGUCGUUUCUUGCUCCCAGGCCCGGUUUGUUCUGGAACUGGCUCUUCAGCUUUCAUCCGCGAGCGGCGGGAGCCUGCACCUUGCGACUUGGCCCCCGUAGCGCUCAUAUCUUGCACAGUCCGGCGACGGUUCAGGCGCUCUUUAAAAGCAGAGACGCGAACAGGCUAGAAUUCAACAUCCAGAUCGCCCGCACAAGUUUGGGGGUGCCGCAAGCAGAUAUUCAGAAGUAUCAUGGAACCGACGCCAAGGACAGAAGACUAAAGUUUGAAAGCGAGGAGGUGGAUCCGAUCCAUGUAGCUGAGAAGAUCAACCUGGACACUCUGCUGAAGACAGAUGCGGUCACUGAGCUAACGAGUGAGUUCAUCAAGCAGUUCACGAAGCAGCUGGAUGGAUUAGACGUUUCUCAAGAGUUUGGUCUGGUCAAAUGGCUACGCGAUUACAUGUUUGAAGCCUCUGGCCGAGCUCUUAUGGGCGAGAAAAUCUUUGAGUACUAUCCGGACUUUGGCAAAGACUUUUGGGAAUUCGAGCGCAAUAUGCUGUCGUUGUUCUUUGGCCUGCCGGAGUUUAUGGUUCCCGAGGCCGUUCGAGCGCGAGAUACGAGCAUCAAGGGCAUUGAAAAGUGGCAUGAAGGGCUUGCGCGAGACUCGAUUGAUACGAUUGUGGACUCUAGCAACAGCAACAUACCCUGGGAGCCGAAUCACGGCAGUCGAGCGAACAGAGCUCGACAAGAGAUGUACAACAAGUUCGGGCUAAGCACGAAGGCGAAGUCUGGCUUUGAUCUCGGAUUCACGUUUGGCCUGGCCAGCAACGCGAUUCCGGCCACCGGCUGGAUGCUGCUCCACAUUCUCGACCCUAACGCGGACAGAUCCCUAAAGCCGCGAGUCAUGGCGGAGCUCAAGGCUGCGCAACAUCCCGACGGAAGCUUGAACCUGCCCGUACUGUUCGCCCUUCCGCUUCUGCAAAGCAUCUUUCACGAAGUCUUGCGUCUUUACACAGAUGUCUUGGUCUCCCGCGUGCUGGAGAAAGACCACGUCUUGCCGCUGUCCGGCGAGGGCGAUCGCAAAGUCUUUUUGCCCAAGGGAACGCUGGCAAUGGCACCAUCUUGGCCCGGCCAGCGGGAUCCUGCUAUCUGGGAUGGUGAAAAACCAUCUACUGAAUUCUAUCAUGAGCGCUUUCUCACUACCGACCCAGAAACAGGAAAGGAUGUGUUCACUACCUCGGGCACUGCGGGCCGGUUCUUCCCAUUCGGGGGUGGCAAGAGCAUAUGUCCAGGCAGGGUAUUUGCAAAGCAAGAAAUCUUUGCAGCUACCGCUCUCAUGCUUCUGAACUUCGACUUCGAGGUGAAGCGCUGUAUAGACGAACACGGCAAUCAGACAGAGAAACUUCCUCACUUAAGGGACGGUUUCGGCGGCAGCGGUAUCGUGUUGCAAGCAGGCGAUAUGGUCGUCAAGCUGACGAGAAAAACAUGACCGCAGGUUUAAUUUUCAGACUCUCGAUGGUUCUGUAUCGAAUGAGCUCAGAAUUUAGAGCUUGGGUAGCAAAUCGCUUAGUUGAUAGGCGCUAUGUAUUUUAACUAAUGUUUCUGAUCGAUUUCCAACCGCUCAGACACGUGCAGUGCGUGAACGCGUCGCGAAAGAAGAAU